UAACGCAUGGGAACGGGAACGGGAGGACGGAUAUCUUUUCGCACGAGCGCUACGGCGCGGCGGUAUUUCGUUCAUUCGUUUGUAUCCGCUCGGUUCGCGUAGUUCGGUUGUUGUGCUGUUUGUUGGGCUGCCGUCCGAAAUAGCAAGUGCAGGUAGCGAAGCGAGCGAGAUCUCGCGGGGCAGCAUCUCUUCACUCUGGUGUGUGGCGCUUCAAUUCGACGAGGUCGUGGCCGUCGCUGGCGGUUGUGUUCUUCUAUAAAUGCGGGUGCCGCCGAGGUUGGCAACGGUACUACGUAGAAGGGAAGGCCAAUAAUUGUGUAUCGGCGUGAGCGAUAGACAGAAGCAGAGGGGGGAACGAGUGCACAGUCAGUCUACAACAAAAAGUUGUAAUAAUUUGUGCGCUUUGGAGUGGCCUCGAUUGCAGGACCAUACGUCGUUUGGCUCCAUCCCGGCAGUCUGAAGCUGCUUUGUUUCGUGUGCACUGUGUUUUGAGUUGUGGUCCGAAGUGAGCUGCACGCGUUUGGCAGCGUAAAGAAGUGGCGUAAUUGAUGAAAUGUAUGCCGGAAGUGAUACAAAAUAGACCACCGAGUUUGUGAUCAUAAGAGUAAUGUUAGAUUUGAUAAAAUUGUCAGAAAUAAGAUUUUCAGUUCGAAGACUAGGAAGUGAUUUUUUUACGCAGAUCAGCUUUCUUUGUUGGGUUUUAGUGUCUGCGGUGUGGUGAAGCAACAACAAUAACAGUAUUGUUUCCAAUCCGGAACAAAGAGAGGUCGGGGAACUGGGGUACUAUAAGUUGGGGAUCUGCAGGAGCGUGGUACGCGUUGAAGAACAGAGCAGGGGGUCGAGUGCAGCGCAUCUACGGGAAGAGCAUCGCGGAGUCUGGUUUUGAUAAAGUGUGAGUAAGUGCAACAAAGAGACAAUCUCACUUCGAAGGUGGUUGUCCCCUGUAGACACAUACACUUACACCGGUCAGCUGUUUUGGUCCAGACCGGAAUUAUAUGCAAGCAAAACAGGUUGUGAUAGAAAGCAAGACGGAGGUUUUGGAACGCGCUCCGCUGGCAGAGUAGUGCGGAAUAUGGCCAAACAUGACGGUGUCGAUGGUUACGGUCAACCCCUCAAGUUUGAUCCAGAUUUUAAGGGGCCACUUUCGAAACGAUCCUGCACGGACAUUCCAUGUCUGUUUUUGUUUUUUGCUUUUCUGGUGUGUUGGGGAGGCGUAGCUUACUAUGCCUUCCUCAAGGGUGACUUAGAUCGAUUGCUGGUGCCAACCGAUUCGGCUGGACUCAAGUGUGGCGUUGACAGCGUGGUGCAGCAUGAACCGUAUCUGGUGUUUUUCGACAUCAGCGAGUGUGCCAAGUAUGACGUUCCACUGUACGGCUGUAAAACGCCUCAAGUAUGUGUGAGUCAGUGUCCUGCGGAAGAGUUCACCUUUCUGGCCGAAAUGUGCAAUGCCAACUCGUUGGAAACUAUACGGUCAAAGUUAAUCUGCGAUCGGUUGGUUCAGAAGGACCAGUUGAAUUGCAACGACAUCCAGACUCACAUCGACCGAGGACGAUGUGCUAAGUAUUACCUUAAAAGUGUUCCUUUCGCAAAGCGAUGCAUCUCCAACCUACCGGACACAGAGUGUCCGUACAUUCCAUCCAGGGUUUUGAAACAGUAUCAACUAACCCCAGUACCGAGCGCACGUUCCGAAGUCACUAAUGUCGGACAGAACAGCACACGCAGUGGUAAACAAUUGUCGGCUGCGAUACGGCAGGAUUGUGCCAACCAACGGCGACUCGGCCGCCAAUUGCUAGUCGAACGAAUGACUAAGCUGCAGUCCUAUUUCGCCCGCUACGUGGACAACGUUCUGUCCCAGGUCACCAACGACACCCGAGUGCAUCAGACCGGUCAGAUGGUUGUUGAGGACAUCCUAGAGACUUGGCGCCUGGUUAUUGUUAUUCUCGUGGCUUCCCUGCUAGUCAGUUUGAUUUUCAUCACGAUGCUUCGCUGGAUUGCGAAGCCCAUGGUAUGGAUAUCGAUUCUGGGCGUGAUCGCUGCUCUCUGCUACGGAGUGUACUACAGCUACGAUCAGUAUCAGUACAUCAGCAAGCAUCCGGUGGAGAACCACGUUAACGUUUCACCGAAUCUCAGCUCGUUGAUUCAGUCUUGGUUUAAGUCGGACCAGACGUGGCUUUGGAUAUUGAUCAUUCUGGCGAUCAUUCUAGUCGUUCUGCUGCUGGUGAUUUUGGUGCUUCGUAAGCGUAUCGUUAUCGCGAUCGCUUUGGUCAAAGAAGGAAGCAAAGCCGUCAGUGCCAUCUUCUCCACAGUAUUCUUUCCGGUAAUACCCUGGGCAUUGCACAUUUUAGUCAUCGUAUUCGCGGUUACCGUGGGUCUUUAUUUGGCUUCGAUUGGCGAUCCGCUGCACAGGGUUUACGGAUUGAACACUUCCGUCAGCUGCGUCUGUGAGAAUGGCUACAAAGAUGGCGACGUGUGCAGUCCGACCACAUUUAACGAGUUUUGCCACAAUACGGCAAUGCGCGGGGAUCGAGCUGCACGUUGCAUGGAUGCUGCCUGUCACUUCCAAGAGAUUAACAGUCCCACUGAGGUCGGUUAUUUUCAUGCUAUUAACGUGGUUGGUUUCUUUUGGGGCAUCUGUUUUAUAUCGGCAUUUGGAGAGAUGGUUCUCGCAUUUACCUUUGCCACAUGGUACUGGACAUUCCGUAAGAAGGAUCUACGCUUCUUCGUUCUCACCACUGGAUUCCUGCGAACGCUUUGCUAUCAUUUAGGUACACUGGCUUUUGGAUCACUGAUUAUCGCUAUUUGUAAGAUCAUUCGAGCCGUACUGGAAUACAUAGAUCACAAGCUUCGCAAGUACGACAACGGAGUGGUAAAGGCGGUACUCUGUCUGUGCAAGUGCUGCUUCUGGUGUCUGGAGAGCUUCCUUAAGUUCUUAAACACAAACGCCUAUAUCAUGUGCGCUAUCCACGGGAAGAACUUUUGCUCCAGUGCGAAGGACGCGUUCAGUCUGCUGGCCAGAAACGUGCUGCGGGUGAUCGCACUGGACAAGGUGACCGGCUUUCUGUUCUUCCUGUCGAAGUUGCUGCUGGCUUGCGGCAUGGCCGCCGUCACGUAUAGCAUCUUCGACUCCGGUAUCACCAAGCAGCUGCACUAUCCCUUCGUACCGGCCAUCCUAGUGUUUGUCGGAACGUAUGUGAUUGCAUCGGUGUUCUUCAGCGUGUACUCGGUGGCCGUGGACACACUGUUCCUCUGUUUCUUGGAGGACUGCGAACGCAACGACGGCACCCCGGAGAAGCCAUAUUACAUGUCGAAGAGUCUGAUGAAGAUUCUGGGCAAAAAGCAAAAGUUCGUCGCCGCCCGUUAGAGGGGAGAGGGGCUCAAACGACGACGACCCACCACACAAUCAUCACAACCACCUAGAGGCCACUUAGCGGGCGCAUAACACGUCCCAAAAAGUUAUUAUUACUAUUUUUUGUUCAUCAAAUUUAACUACUAGGAGUUAACAGUAAUUAACUACUGAAUUAUGGAGCAACAAAAUCCAAGCCAAAUAUAGAAGGACACACAUUCAUCGUCUAGUUAGAAAGAAAGGAUUCAUCGAUGCCAAAGUAGAAAACUCACACGAGCGGUGAAAUCAGUCAGGAACAACAAAAACAAUUCAUUGCAAUUUUCUCUUCCCCCCGAAGAAUUCUAUGCAAAGAAGACAAAAGACUUACUUAUAUAUGUAUGUUAAUACUAUCUAUAAUAUUACUAGCUUUAAGUACGGGUUGAUGCAUUAUACAUCAAAACUGGUAUGUUGAGCUUGAACGCAAUCAUGCAGGCAGGGUACGCCUAGUUUUAUCUUGCUGGCAAAAGCAAAUAAAAACAAGGUUUUUUCGUAAAGAAGUACGUAUUUUUAUACUAAUUUAUAUAACCUAUAAAUAAAACUAAAAAGGUAACAAACAUGAAAGGAAAACCAAGCUUAGCGAGUAGGAGACGGCUGUUCGAAUUUUGUACCCAAUUGUUAGUGAAACCGAUUGUGAUCGAAUGCGGGUACAAUUAAGCAUGAUGAAAAGGAAAUACCUCUGGCAACGACCGAUUUUAGAUGUUCUGAAAAUAAGACAAACUUUUUUCUGCAGAUGAAAUUAUUAAAACUACUCACGCACUGGUGCUCUGCGUAGAAUCGUAUAAGGUAUCUACUAUUUCUAAUAAUCGUGAUUUAAAAUUAAAUGCAAAAUAAAACUGAAAAUAUGAAUUUUA